AUGUCCCCAAUACUGCAGCGUCUGAUACUUUUGGCCUGCAUCGGCAUUCAGGUCGAGGCAACUUUCAACAUUUACGAUGCCUACACUCCUGCUGAAUUGCAGGCAGCGCACGGCAUAUCUUCUCAAUGCUCGGAUGCUUUGCUGAUUCAGAUGAUAGACUGGUACAAGGAGAAUAUCACAUCUCUAUGCACCGCUUCGUGCUCGAAUUCCUUGCAAACCUGGCUAUCAACAGUGGAAAAUUCAUGCAGCUCCGAUACUUUGGACUUCAUGGGCAGCAUUAUGAAGGCCAAAACCGUGCCUAUAGUGUUCAAAUCGGCAUACGACAUUGCUUGUCUUCAGGAUAGUAAUUCAAAUUGGUGUUUCCUCGAUUCACAGCACUGGCAGGGUAGUGAAUUCAUCACCUAUGAUCCAUACGCAUGCUGGAACGACGACAAAUCGCUAAAUCCUCCUGAGUGCGAUGAGUACGGGGAUCUUACUGGCGAUCUCAGUGCAAGCAUGAUGGACGUCACCCACAUGUAUGAUCUCGAGCUUCUCUGCGAUGAGUGCUUUGUCAAGAUGUGGCGUCAGCGAUUGCUCAAUCCUUUCCUUCAGGAUGGCAGGUCGACGAAUUAUUUGCUUGAGCAAUACCAGGCUAUUCAAGAGAAGUGUUCUAUGAAUCUACCGGUGACAACUUCAGCUUCGACUCUAUUCGUAUCUCUGGCUUACACAAGUGUCCCCGCGGAGAACACUGCUUCUCCCACAACCACCGGCAAUGCUCCGGCUGCCACAGGAUGCGUUGGCCAAGUGAUCGAUCCGCCCAACGAUGGAGCGAUUUUGGACUGCCUGAAUAUAGCUGAUGACUACAAAGUAGCUCUUGGUGACAUAUACAAGGCUACUGGGGACUCAAUGUGUCAGUUCAAAACCUCCAUUUGCCUGCCUCCAGCCUGCGAAGGAGAGGUAAUCUGGGACGGCCAAUCCUGUGCCGAAUUGGCGGCCAAAUACUCGAGCGAUAAGUUGAAGGUCACAGAGAUGAUGUUUCUCAGUUGGAACCCCAACAUUCUCGGAGAUUGUAGCCGGCUCAAGCCUGGCCAAAGGGUGUGCAGUCGCCCGCCCGGUGGGCAGUUCACUCCUACUGGAGCCAUAUACGUACCGACUGCCGCAGGCUCAUACUACUCUACCGCUACGACUCCAGCCCCAACUCGGACUGGCACAACAGAGAGUUGCGGACUGUACCACCUCGUCGUGUCAGGCGACACUUGCAACUCGGUCGCUCUACGCUACGGGAUCGACUUCAAGACGAUCAGGGAUCUGAACACAGUGAUUGACGAGACCUGCUCCAAUCUGUGGCUCAAAUAUGCAAUCUGCGUCGCUCCAGUCACGCAAGCUCCGAAGUCGACUGAUGGCUUAUGUGGACCAAGUGCAAACCACGCCACAUGCGAAGGUACCGCGUUUGGCCUUUGCUGUAGCACAAGCGGGUACUGCGGAUCAAGUAGCGAUUACUGUGGAGCCGGAAACUGCGCGUCGAGCGCGUGUAGUGGCGAUGGCACGGGUGUGACCACAGAUGGCACGUGUGGCCCUACCGUCUCUUGCAACAAUCCCAGGUUUGGGCCGUGUUGCUCGACGUCUGGCUACUGUGGCGCGACCAAGGAUUACUGUGGCCCUGGCAACUGCUAUUCUGGGGCCUGCGAUCCUGACGAAGGUGGUCCCUCUCUCGAUGGUAGCUGUGGACCUAACUUUGCAGGCAACAAGACAUGCACUGGCACGCAAUUCGGCACUUGCUGCAGUAACUAUGGCUACUGUGGCUCUACCGACGACUAUUGUGGCGCGGGUAAUUGCUACUCUGGUGCUUGCAAGCCAAGUUAG